GAUGCAAAUUCAUUGGUUCCAACUCACCCUCUUCCUCCAUCCAUCUCUGUAUCUCCUUUUGCGAUUCUGGUUUUCGAUCUUUCUACGAGGUAUUCUGUGAUGUCGAACACCGGUGCCGAUGAUCAUCACGAGGAGUCUAGCCCUCUAUUGAGCAAGCAGGUUGAAGAUGAUGGGAGCAAAGGGAGUUGCAACGACAAAGGCAAUCAGCCCAAGGAAGGGAAAGUGGAUGCAGCACCGGAUUUGCCUGAUCUUUCAGUGGGAGUUGGGUAUGGUUGGACCGCCGAAGGGCUGCUGUUGGGUCACGGGAACGUGGUGGACGAGCCGAUGGCUCGGGGACAGUGGAACACCUGCCUUUUCGCUUGUCUUGGCCGUAAUGAUGAGUUUUGCAGCACCGAUAUAGAAGUUUGUCUUCUUGGUAGCAUUGCCCCAUGUGUGCUGUAUGGAAGCAAUGCUGAAAGACUUCGAUCUGGUCCUGACACCUUUCCAAAUUGCUGCUUGUUAGAGCUUUGCCUCGCACCAUGCUUUUCAUAUCCUAGGCGUACUGCCAUGCGGCGGAAGUUUAACCUAGAGGAAGGACGUGAGAUUCGCCGGAGUAUUCCUCAUCCUACGUUUAUUGCUCAGCCUCUUCUGGACAUGAUUCCUCCUGGGGAGCAAACCAUGGGUGGCCGAGCCUGAUUGCAUCUGCUUCAAGCCUGCCCGCUAAUGAAACGGCUUUACCCUGUGUGUUGUUAUCAAUGCUAUAUAAUGCUUUAGGAUGAUAUGUUGAAACUUUAUAUCCUAUCCUAAAAAAAAGAUGUUAAACUUUACCAAAUCAUCUAUACUUGCCAUCAGAGAAGUGAAUGCAUGGUGUUGUCAAUCAAGCGAAAAUAUGAUG